ACAUGUUUGCUUUCAUUGUAACCUUCCCAUGUUUUGAGAUUUAAGCUAAGGCUAGCUUAUACAAUAAAUUAAUGUCCACAUACUACAUCUAAUGAUGAUAAUACACAGAGAACAAAGAUUUCGAGCUGCCCAACAUUAUAUAUAAAGGCUCAGUUGCCUUGUUUCUUUCUCCCUCUCACUCACCCACAUAUAUGCUCACACUCGUCACUCUCUUACUCUCUUUGUUUAAUGGAGUGCAAUUUUGCUUUAGCUAUUUUUUUUCUACUUUUGCACCAAUGCAUAGCUAAGGUGGAGAUUUCCACAACAAUAAAGGUUGCAAAAUUGAAUAAAUCUUCCAGUUGUAAUAUAUUCCAAGGGAUUUGGGAUUAUGAUGAUGCUUAUGCUCCAUAUUACAACACUUCUAUAUGUCCAUUCCUUAGCAAAGAAUUUGACUGCCAAAACAACGGCCGUCCUGAUCAGUUCUACCUCAAUUAUAGGUGGAAGCCUAAUGAUUGUGAUUUACCAAGAUUCGAUGGUCGAGACUUUGUGACGAUGUUCAAGGGAAAGAAAAUAAUGUUCGUUGGUGACUCCUUAAGCCUUGAUCAGUGGCAGUCAUUAACAUGCAUGUUACAAGCAGCCGUGCCACAAACUGAUCCCAAGAUUACUGUAAAAGGCGCCCUCUCCACAUUUUUCAUAAAGGAGUACAACUUAUCCGUUAUGUUAUAUCGCACACCGUAUCUGGUUGAUGUAGUAAGUGAAAGGAUUGGGAAGGUGCUCAAGCUUGACUCUAUAAAGAGUGGCAAUGCUUGGAAAGGGAUGGAUGUUCUCAUAUUCAACAGUUGGCAUUGGUGGGUUCAUACAGGAAGCAAGCAAGGAUGGGAUUACAUCCAGAAGGGUAAGAAGAUAUACAAGGACAUGGACCGUAUGACUGCUUUUAAAUAUGGAUUGACGACGUGGUCCAAGUGGGUGGACAAGUAUACCAAGAGCCCAAACACACAAGUUUUCUUCCAGGGCAUCUCGCCCACUCACUACAGAUCAGAAGAGUGGAAUUCGACAUCAGGAAAUUGUAAAGGAGAAACAAGACCAAUAUCAGGAUCAACAUAUCCAGCAGGCUUACCGUCGCCAGUCGGAGUAGUGAAGGAAAUAUUGAACAAUAUGUCAGCAAAGGUUACAUUACUGGAUGUUACAACGUUGUCACAACUAAGAAAAGAUGGACACCCUUCAAUUUAUGGGUUGGAUGGUAACCAAGGAAAUGAUUGCUCCCAUUGGUGUCUUGCCGGUGUCCCUGAUACUUGGAAUGAACUUUUGUCUACUCUUCUUAUUUCACAAGCCAAAGAAAACCCACACUUUAACCAACUUUGAUUGCUUUGGUUGUUGCGUUCCAGUUCUUAAGCCCUUUAAUUUCUUAUACUUUAAUUGAUUUCGUAUUUUAGGGUUAUAACUUGUGACUUGUGAAUAGAAUAUGCCUCAAAUUAAUAUGUGUCAUGUAUAUGGUGAGCAGUGACUAAUUUAUACUUAGCUUCUAUGUGUUGUCAUUUUUGUGAGAAUAAAUUGAGUUAUUUUAGUUA